AUGGCCGCCGUCGCCGUCGACGCCGUCCCGGCAACCCAAGGCAGCAGCGCCACGGCCGCCGUGGCCGUCGUCACUGCUUCUGCCCUCGCCGGCGUCUCUGCCGUCGUCUGCAUCUCCGUGAGCGUGCCCGGGCUCCUGGGGUACUACUCCACGUUCGCCUUCUACCUGGCCACGUUCGCCCGCGGGGUGUGGCCAGAUCGCGUCGACGCCGUCCUGGGCCCGCUGGGCGCCUACGUGCGGCAGAAGGCGCUGCUCGCGCGCGCCGACCUCCGGCUCCUGCGCGCCCACCCCGCGACCGCGCCCGUCUGCGCCGGAGCCGAGGAGUGCGCGCGCCGCGCCCGCGCCGCCGUCGCCGGAUGGGCGGACGGCGCGAGGAGGAGGGUGGAGGCCAAGUGGAGAGAGCACAAGGACGCCGCCGGCGCGGCGUUGUUCGUGCUCCGCCUCGUCGGGUGCCUGGUCCGUCUAGCCGCGACCGCGCUGCUCGACGCGGCGUGCGAGCAAGCCAAGACCAAAGCCCCUUCGGUGCUGGGAUACUUGAGAAGCGUGAUUCACGGGAUCAGGUCGCCGACUUCGUCGUGCAAGAAAGGCGACGAGGCGGAGGCAGAGGAGGAGGACGAGGACGCCGGCUUCGUGUUCAGGGACGUCGUGUGCCUCAUCGGGAUCCCGUUCUACCUCCUGUUCAGCAUCCAGUUGAUCAAAAGAUCCAUCAACAUCAUCACCGGAAUGCAGUUCUACGGCGCGUGCUUGGCGACAACGUGUGGCUUGGCGGUGCUGGUAGCUGACUGGAUUGACCCCCCGGACGAUGACGAUUCCGACGAAGCCGACACUACCGGCGACAGUCCCGACGACGCGGCCGACACAGCUACGCCGGAGGAGGCAAAGCUACAUGCGGAGCUCGAAGUGCGCGGGUCUUGGCAGUUCAUGCGGGUUCUGAUCUUCAUCGCGUUCUGCGCCGACGCUUACCUCCUCCACGUCACGUUCGGCCCGCAGCCUCUAGCGCUCGCGCUCUUGGCCGUCUGCAACUUGGAAGUGCUCAACCUUGGCAGGGAAGUCCAGCUGACGCCGGACGACGACGGGGAGGGAGCCGAGGGACCGGCAGAAGGCGUGGGUGGUGCCGUCGACGAGUGGCGGUGUGGUGCAGUGACGGUGUUCGCGGCGUCCAGCGUCAAGGUCCUUAUCAUCUACCUCGUGCUCGACUUCUUCAUGGCCGCGCUAAGCUUCUUGUGGGUUUGCGCCAUGGCGGACCUCCUGCUGGCCGAAGAGGAAAGCCUCUUGGAGUUGUUGGAUGCCUCCGGCGACGACGAAGAUAGGGAGGAGAAUGCUGGUUCCGGCGAGGGCAUCGGUGGAGUUGUGGAAGAAGGGGCUGAUGAGGCCAGGGCAGAAGAGCAUACCGACACGAGCUCAUCAGAGGAUGAAGAGGAAGAUUAUACUCUGCAGGAGCACUGCGACAGUUCAGAAGUGCAUUCCAACACGACCUCAUUAGAGGAUGAAGAGGAAGAUGCUCUGGAGAAGCAGCAUUGCGAUAGUUCAGAAGAGCAUGAUGAGCAUCUCAAGGAGCAGCGAGAGGAAGAACCGGACUGCAGCGGAGGUGGCAGCAUGGACGACGGCUGGGACUUGGUAGAGGUCGACCCGGAGAUGCCGGUCAAAGAUGAGACUGGCGUCAACCGGAAGUCGUUCAGGCUUUUCCCAUGGAAGUAGGCGGGGUGAUAUCUAUUUGAACGACUGGUGAUAUUUUCUAGGUUAUGUUAGGGUUCUUUAUAUCAAACUUUUAGAGAGUUUUUUUUAGCUAGAACUGGAAUUGGAGAAAAAAACAUUUUCUUUUUGCA